GUGGUCUGCAGGCGGUGGCGGAGCUGCUGCAGGUGGACUGUGAGAUGUUCGGUCUGAGCAGUGAUCAUUACAGCGUCACGCUGAGGCGUUAUGCCGGGAUGGCGCUCACCAACCUCACCUUCGGAGACGUGGCCAAUAAGGCCACGCUGUGCUCCAUGAAGGGCUGUAUGAGAGCCAUGGUAGCCCAACUGAAGUCUGACAGUGAAGACCUGCAGCAGGUGAUAGCGAGUGUGUUGAGGAACUUGUCGUGGCGUGCUGAUGUCAACAGUAAGAAGACACUGCGUGAGGUCGGCAGCGUGCGAGCACUGAUGGGCUGUGCUCUCGAGGUCCAGAAGGAGUCGACUCUGAAGUCUGUACUGAGUGCGCUCUGGAACCUGUCUGCUCACUGUACGGAGAACAAAGCAGAUAUCUGCGCUGUGGACGGCGCUCUGGCAUUUCUGGUAGGAACGCUGACGCACCGAAGCCACACCAACACACUCGCCAUCAUCGAGAGCGGCGGUGGCAUCCUGCGCAACGUCUCCAGCCUCAUCGCUACCAACGAGGCACACAGGCAGAUCCUGCGUGAGCACGGCUGCCUGCCGACUCUGCUGCAGCACCUGAAGUCUCACAGUCUGACCAUCGUGUCCAACGCCUGCGGCACGCUCUGGAAUCUGUCAGCCAGAGAUGCCAAAGACCAGGAAGCAUUAUGGGAGUUGGGCGCCGUGGGCAUGCUGCGCAACCUCAUCCACUCCCGACACAAGAUGAUCGCCAUGGGGAGUGCCGCUGCUCUGCGCAACCUGAUGGCCAACCGGCCGGCACGCUACAAGGAUGCGAGCGUGGUGUCGCCAGGUGCCGGCGCACCAUCACUGCACGCCCGCAAACAGAAGGCGUUAUUUGAGGAGCUGGAUGCCCAACAGCUGUCAGAAACUUUUGACAACAUCGACAACCUGAGCCCCAAGGCAGCACACAGGAAGGGGCGGGGCUGUAACAGCGCCGGAGGAGGUGGGAACACAACACGCUCAUACGCCAACACGCCGGUGCUUUCGAGCCCAAAGAAUGGAGAUGGAUCAAAGAGGACGAGUGAGGAAGUGGCGUAUGCUCGGCCGGUGUUCCCACCAAGUGUCAGAGCAUCCAGCGACAGCCUCAACAGUGUAACGAGUGCUGAUGGCUACGGCAACCGCGGCAAAACCAAACCGUCAUCAGAGCCAUUCUACUCGUCAGACGAAAGCGGAGCCAACAAGUGCUGUGUCUACAGGAAGUACCCGGCCGACUUGGCACACAAGAUCCGCAGCGCCAACCACAUGGCGGACGAUGACGGGGCUGAGCUGGACACACCCAUUAACUACAGCUUGAAGUACUCCGACGAACAGUUGAAUUCUGGGAGACAGAGUCCAAGUCACCGUGGCGGCAUCGCGAGUGACGAGGACGAUGAACAGGACGCCAGGCUGAGGAGGCGGAAUGACGGUGACUCAGCAACAUCCAGCAGCCGCAUAGCAUCUGUCCCGCCACCACGCUAUGCCACGGCAGCAUCAAACUACGGCAGUGACUCAACAGGUGAGCAGCCAAUAGACUACAGCCUGAAGUAUGGCACUGACACCGCCCGCAAACCACUGUUCAAGCCAGAAGAGACCGCUGCCCCUUCAGUCCCCCCUCCGCAGUCAUCCUCAGGCAACAAGCUCCGCCCCCCUCCGCCCCCAGCCAAUCGGGCAGUGCCAAAAGGCAACCAGGAGUCGACGCAGACGUACUGCGUGGAGGACACACCCAUUUGCUUCUCCAGAGGCAGCUCGCUCUCCUCACUGUCAUCAGAGGAGGAGGAGGAGGAGGAGGAGGACAGUGAUGUCAUUGGGAGGAGGAGAGGCGGCGCACUCAGUCUGGAUGAGCCAUACAUCGCAGCUGAGAUGACGAAAAAGAAGGAGGAGGAGGACAGAGGAAACAAGGAGAGGGAGGAGGAGGCGGCAAAACCAAUCCUCGAUGAAUCAGACGAUGAUGAUGACAUUGAGAUCCUGGAGGCCUGCAUCAACAUGGCCAUGCCCAAGUCGUCACGGAAACCAAAGAAACCACAGCAAGCUGCGCCACGGAAACCCAGCCAACUUCCGGUUUACAAGCUCCUCCCACCUCAAAGCCGUGCACAGUCCCAGCCGAGGAAGGAUGUACCUCUGCCACCAUCAGAAGAGGUACCGAGAGUUUACUGUGUGGAGGGGACGCCGCUCAACUUCUCCACCGCUACCUCGCUCAGUGACCUCACCAUCGACUCCCCACCCAAUGAGGAGACAGCAGCAGCCGUCAUACCUGUAGUCCCUCCCACCUCUGCUCAAAGGAGGCAGGCUGGACUUCCUGAGGGCGAGAAUGGCGAGGACAUCCUUGCUGAGUGUAUCAACGCCGCCAUGCCCAAAGCCAAACCCAGAAAACCAAUCAGAGCUGCAGCUAACAGCGAGCAACUCCAAACUCCACCCCUCCCCCCGCCUCUUCCUCCUCCAGCUCCGCCUCCUCUGGGCCCACAGCAGCAGCAGCAGCAGCAGAAGAAGAAGCCAACGUCGCCGGUGAAGCCGAUGCCCCAGCGGGCGGCGUACAGCGUCGCCACGGCAACAGCUGCCAAAGCAAAACCAGGGUUUGCCUUUGACUCACCACGCCAUUACACGCCCAUCGAAGGUACGCCAUGCUGCUUCUCACGCAAUGACUCGCUGAGCUCGCUCGACUUCGACGAAGACGAGGGUGGCGAGAAGGACGAAGAGGAUAAGAAAACAAAAGAAGAAGAAGGAAGGAAGAGGAAGCAGCAGACGGCAGCGGUUUUUCCUCGAACGAAACCUGCGACCAACCCACCGGCAGCAGACGAGAAGCAGAAGUUUGCCAUCGAGGACACGCCCGUCUGCUUCUCCAGGAACUCGUCCCUGAGCUCUCUGAGUGACAUCGACCAGGAAAACAACAACAAGGAGUUCGCUCCACCACCACCGCCGCUGCCGGAGCAGCAAGAUGGAGUCAAAGCAGGAAAAAAGUCACCUCCUCCUCCACAGUCAGAGUCAAAGCCCCGCCCACCUGCGGUCAGUGGCUACGCCCCCAAAGCGUUCCACGUCGAGGACACGCCCGUCUGCUUCUCCAGGAACUCGUCACUCAGCUCGCUGAGCAUCGACUCGGAGGACGACCUGCUGCAGGAGUGCAUCAGCUCUGCCAUGCCCAAGAAGAAGAAGAAAGCCACCACUGUCACCGUCCCUGCUGCUGUUGCAACGCCACUUCCUGUUCCCAAAACCAACGACGGCAUUCUGGCUGAGGAGGAGCCUUCAGAGGCACCAAGAAGUCCCACCUCCCCUGACUCUGAAUCCUUCGAUUGGAAGGCGAUCCAGGAAGGUGCAAACUCCAUUGUUAGCAGUCUGAAUGCCGCUGCCGCCGCCGCCACCUCACUGUCCCGCCAGCCAUCAUCAGACUCUGACUCAGUCUUGUCCCUGAAGUCUGUGGGCUCGCCGUUCCGCCUGCCAGCAGCUAAUAACAACGCAGAAGAAGAAGAGGCUGAGGAGAAGGAGGAGGCAGCAGCGAAGCGUGGGGCGAGGAUCCUGAAGGGCGGAGAGCGCACCACGCUGGAGGCCAAGAAGAAGAAGGAGCAGGAAGAAGAGGAGGAAGAGGCAGCGAAGGCGUUGAGAGGUGGGAAGAAGGUGUAUAGGAGUCUGAUUACAGGUAAACCAAGGGCGGAGCCCGCAGCCAGGGGGCGGAGCAAACCCAGAGCAGCAGCUGUGGCCAAAGCUCCAGGAAGCAGCGAUAGUGCUGACAGAGGAGGUGGGUCCUCUCGGGACUCCACGCCAUCUCGCUCGUCCUCUGCAACCAAUCAGAAAGGAGGGAAGCUGUCGCAGCUGCCGCGCACAGCGUCUCCAGGAAGUGCAUCAUCAUCAUCAUCAUCGGCCUCCAGACCGGUCAAACAGAGCACGGCAGCUAGGAGCAGCAGCGGUGGCAUCCCAAGGAGUGAGUCAGCAUCGAGGGUCAGCAGCUCCACGGCGGCCAAGAAGCAGAGGGCGGAGCCAGAGAAGCCAACACUCGUCCGUCAGUCGACCUUCAUUAAAGAAGCUCCGAGCCCGACGCUGAAGAGGAAGCUGGAGGAGUCGGCGGCGGCGGCGGCAGCAUUAGAGUCUCCGUCCAGCCCUGAUACACCACUACCAUCAACAACUAGGAGACAUGAUGUCAACCGCUCCCACUCUGAGAGCCCGUCACGCCCACAGGAAGUUACAUCAUCGCGGUUUAGCCGCACCGGCACCUGGAAGCGGGAAAACAGCAGCGGGGGAGGAGGGAGCGGUGGUAAACACUCAACAUCGUUACCACGUGUGGGGACGUGGAAGAGGACAGGAAGCUCGUCAUCGGUUUUGUCGGCAUCAUCAGAGUCUAGUGAGAAGGGGCGGAGCGAGGAGGAGAGCGCCAUGAGGUCCAAGGGAACAUGGAGGAAGGCAAAGAGCGGCGGCGGCGGUGACUCAUCUGCCGGGCGGAGCUUCACCGACAAAUCGGAAGACGUGUGGGUUCGUCUGGAGGACUGUCCUGUCAACAACCCACGCUCCUCCUCUUCCUCUUCAGCCCGCUCUCCCACCGCUGCCAACGCCCCACCCAUCAUCGACAGCCCCGCCCCCUCAAAGAUCCCCUCAUCCUCCUCAUCCUCCUCC